CUUCUUCAACUGUGCUUAAGUACUAUGUAUCGAUCAACACAGUUUGGUAAUUAAGUAUUUGUGUCAUUGGUUGAUAACAUGCAUGUUGGAUUACCAAAAAAUAAUAGUCGUACCGCGAAUAGAUAUGGCCCCCGAGCUCCGACUGUGAACGUAGGUGUUUAGAUUAGGCUUCAAUCUAAAUGUAACCAAUCACUGACUGUUUCACUGAUCACGUGGAUGGAUGUGUAUUUCAAUAGAGACUGCCAUCUUGGAUAUUCAAUUUCAGUUCGAGAUACGUGUUUUUUGCGACAUCGAUAUGUCAACGAAAUAUAUCCAUAACGAUUCGUUGAUGUGAAUUUCGAGACGAUAUAACCCAGCGUUGCGAAGACUGCUACGUCUGCUAAGGAAUUUCAAUUGCAACUACGUCCGGUAUUUUUAUUGUGCGCAAAUCUAGCACAGAUAUAAAUAUAAGGAACAUGCAUUUACCAAAAUAUCCAAAUAUUACUUUGAUAGCAAUCGGAAAAAAGAUACACGUUUCAUGAAGUUCCCAUCAGGGUUAAACCGGCGCAUAAAUUAAUAGUGACAAUGGAAGAAAGACUCACGAAGAAAGAGGCACAGAACUGGCUUAAAUGUAUGUUAGCAACAUAUACGACCAGGGAUGUUCUUGCACAAUUAGCCGACCUCGGAUUCAAAGCGUUUUACACUUGUAUACGAAAUGAUAUGCGUGCACAACGCGGAAUACUGGAAACAACAACGUGUAGUUCUUGUAGUAACCCUUUCAAACAGUGCCCUCUGUGCUCAGAAAUAGGUAUUCAAAUUUGCGACAACCAUCGUUUUAAAAAGGGAAAAUUGAAAGGGCCUUCAUGGAUCAAUUCGGAUUCCACAAAAUGGUGCACUAACACUUGGGAAUUGGCAAAAUGUUACAUGCCUCCCACGGGUUACAGGGAUAAGCCAAAUGCAAAUAGCACAGACUUUAAUGGCAUUAUUGGAGCCAUAUUAAACUGUACCUGGAUGCAGUGCUAUUUCACUGAUGAUCUCAGUAAAGAUCCUAACAUAUGUACAAAGGCACGAGAAGAAGUUAAUAAACUACGACACAUACCGUGCGAGAAAAUAGAUGAUGGGGAUAUGAUCAGCUUCUUCGAUUGUCUUUUAAAUCUUCUAAACGAUCCUGCACACCUUAAGAGUUUUAAGCCAGCUGUUGAUGCACGCACAUAUCUUAAACAGCUUCAGCAAGACACUCUGUCAUUGUCCGAAAAGACGGUAAAAAGCACGUUGGAAAACAUCUAUGAAGACCGGAAGGAAGAUUUCCUUGGACGGUUAAUAGAAUACUACAAGAAAACUUUGAAAAUGGUACCUGUUUCACCGUUCUGGAGUGGUCGUGAAAAAUCGAUUAAGGAUAUCUUUGUACCGAUACAGUUAAACCGUGUCGCAAUCGAAAAAAACGGAUCUCGAAGAGAAACGGAACAAAAAGUAGACACAUACAAGGAUAUGUUUUAUAAAGACAACACAUUGAGCGACCGAGUAUCAAUACAAGGAAAUCCUGGAAUGGGUAAGACUACAUUUCUAGCAAAACUGGUCCUUGAUUGGUGCGAUACAGUUUCGUCAAAAGAUCCGGGACCAAGUUCUUGCUUCGGCGAUUUGGAAACAUUGCAUAAUUUCAGAUUUGUAUUGCACAUAAAACUUCGGGACUCGAUCGGGCAAUGUAAAGUAGUAGAGAUGAUCAAAACACAAAUUAUUGAUGAAAUUUACCAUAAUGAAUUGCAAAAGAUGGAGGCAUACGAUUUACUUGGUAGCAUUAUGGAACGGGAGACAUGCCUUGUAACUCUGGAUGGAUUAAACGAAUGGACCGAUAGCACAAAAGAAAACCCUAUGCCCAAAAUGUAUUCUUUAUGCAAGCGAUGUGUUGUUUUACUCACUUCACGACCCUGGAAAAUGGCUGAUAAGCGUAUCAGAGAUUCUGAAAUCGGCACACUACUAGAAGUAGUUAGAAUAACUGACCCAGAACAGCUUACACACAAUAUGCUGUGUUCUCUUACGACCGACGAUGAAUUGGCAUACAUAGAAUUUAUGACCUACGUUGAGGAACGUAACUUAAAGCAUUUUCUGACGUCGCCUUGGAUGCUGACACUUCUAGUUAAUUUAUGGGUGGACAAAUCGUUUUUGAGUGGAUCAUUAUGCGAAAUAAAUAAAGUUCUCAUAAAGACCCUUUUCAACAAGGGGCUAGCAAAGGAGGAGUUUGAAGAUCCCAGUCCAUUUGAACAUUCACUUUUUGGGCAUCACACAGAGAUUGGUAACGCACUCGCAAAGGUUGCAUUUAAAUACACCAUCGGAAGUGAAAAGUCACUAGUAUUAAGCAAAAAUGUGCUUAUAAGCUCUGAAAUGUUGUCAAUAGAACAACUCGAGUUUGCUAUUAAAUGUGGUGUUUUAAAUGAACGACAUUGCUAUUCAACAGCAUCAUCUAAAUCAUAUGUUUCAUUUCUGCAUGAAACAGUCCAGGAAUUUUUUGCUGCUUCUUAUAUCGGAAAUUUACCGGAAGACACAAUAACGGCUUUGUUUAGCAAAAGUCAUGACAAUUUGUUAGAAAUCAGCCAGGUAAUCAUUUAUCUCAGUGGACUAAUGUGUGAUGUAGCGAAUAAAGUAAUAAAUCAUUUGACAGAAGACGUUCUCAGUAACGUAAACGAAGGACUUGAUCGGUUAAUAACUUGGUCAUAUGACAAGACGACGUACAUAACUUUUCAGGAAACUGUUGUUAAUACGAAAACGAAAUUGAAAUCAAAUCUCAAUAUCAACCUCUCAUCCGACUUGCGUGGUCUUGUUUUAUCUAUUUUAGUGCAGGACAUGAUUGUUACGUGUUAUCACGAGGCUAAAGUCAGCAGACAAAAACAUAUUCGCAUGAAUAUGAGUGAUUUCACAUUUCAUGCAUACCUUAACACAAAUACAUACGAUGAUUUAUUGCAACUUUUAAUGAUGAACAAGUCUAAUGUACGCACGUUAUUGUUAGAACGCCAUGCACUACCAGAAAAACAUAUACUUACAGUUCUUCAACAUUCAAAACAUAGUAUGGAACGCUUGAAGACGUUAGGAUCUCAUAGUAUUAUUUCUGAGUUGCAAAAUAUGAAUUUAAAACAGUUGUCUUUAAUUGGAAAUAUCGACGUGACACUGUUUUUCGGGCUUCUGCCAUCACUGGGUAACCUGACGUUUUUGCGAAUAGAGGAAUUUGAUUUUCACGAAGACAUUUUCCUACCAUCCACUUUAAGAUAUUUAUGUUUACUUAAAAGUAGAUGUUCUGCUGAGUUUGUUGGGCGGCUGCUAGUUCAUUUAUCCCAAGUAAGCCAGCUUGUCCGUUUUAAUCUGGGCGAAGUAUAUACAACGGAAAAUACUGAUUUGUAUAUAGCCAAGUUGCGAUCGCGCAUUAAAGCAUGCGACAUGUCUAAACUCAGUUUAUGCUUUGGGAAGGACGCGAGUCAGUUGUUCAAAAUAUUGAAUGCAUCUAAUUUGGGAGAAAUUACAUUCGAAACGGCUGAUGUAUUCUUAUCUGCAUCGAAACAUCUUCACACACUGAACAAAUUGAAAGAAAUAUGUUUAGCUGGAACAUACAUGGGUUCUUGGAAUUAUCGUCCUGUCAGGUGUGAGCUGGGUGAUGUUCAACUGAUGUCAAUUGAAGUAAACCAUAGAGACGAAUCACAUACACGUGUAUCAGACAUGCGAUCUGAAUUACUGUCACAUAACCUGUCCAAUAUUGAAAUAUGUGUGCAAAACGGCAGUAAAAAACUUUUCGAAAUAUUACGUGAUACAAGUAUAGGGAUACUCGACCUGAGAACGACUGAUUGUGCAUCAUUAGCAUCAGAGAUUCUUCACACGCUAAGCAGCCUAACAAAACUUUAUUUGUGGGGGACCUAUACGGGUCGAUUUGAUCUUAAGCUGCCAGCUUUAUUACAGUGUAUCAGUAUGGAGAAAUGCGAAUGUUCAUCUGAGUGGCUGUGCAGCUUGUUUAUCACACUCUCUUCAUUAGAUCGUCCUGUCAGGUGUCAGCUGUGGGAUGUUCAACUGAAGUCAAUUGAAGUAUACCAUGGAGACGAAUCACAUACACGUGUAUCAGACAUGCGAUCUGAAUUACUGUCACAUAACCUGUCCAAUAUUGAAAUAUGUGUGCAAAACGGCAGUAAGGAACUUUUCGAAAUAUUACGUGAUACAAGUAUAGGGAUCCUCGACCUGAGAACGACUGAUUGUGCAUCAUUAGCAUCAGCGAUUCUUCACACGCUAAGCAGCCUAACAAAACUUUAUUUGACGGGGACCUAUACGGGUCGAUUUGAUCUUAAGCUGCCAGCUUUAUUACAGUGUAUCAGUAUGGAGAAAUGCGAAUGUUCAUCUGAGUGGCUGUGCAGCUUGUUUAUCACACUCUCUUCAUUAGAUCGUCCUGUCAGGUGUCAGCUGUGGGAUGUUCAACUGAAGUCAAUUGAAGUAUACCAUGGAGACGAAUCACAUACACGUGUAUCAGACAUGCGAUCUGAAUUACUGUCACAUAACCUGUCCAAUAUUGAAAUAUGUGUGCAAAACGGCAGUAAGGAACUUUUCGAAAUAUUACGUGAUACAACUAUAGGGAUCCUCGACCUGAGAACGACUGAUUGUGCAUCAUUAGCAUCAGCGAUUCUUCACACGCUCAGCAGCCUAACAAAACUUUAUUUGACGGGGACCUAUACGGGUCGAUUUGAUCUUAAGCUGCCAGCUUUAUUACAGUGUAUCAGUAUGGAGAAAUGCGAAUGUUCAUCUGAGUGGCUGUGCAGCUUGUUUAUCACACUCUCUUCAUUAGAUCGUCCUGUCAGGUGUGAGCUGGGUGAUGUUCAACUGAGGUCAAUUGAAGUAAACCAUAGAGACGAAUCACAUACACGUGUAUCAGACAUGCGAUCUGAAUUACUGUCACAUAACCUGUCCAAUAUUGAAAUAUGUGUGCAAAACGGCAGUAAGGAACUUUUCAAAAUAUUACGGGAUUCAAGUAUAGGGAUUCUGGGCCUGGAAACGACUGAGUGUGCCUCAUUAGCGUCAGAGAUUCUUCACACACUCAAAAGGCUAACAAAACUUUAUUUGAGGGGGACCUAUACGGGUCGAUGUGAUCUCAAGCUGCCAGCCUUAUUACAGCGUAUCAGUAUGCAGACAUGCGAAUGUUAA